CUGUGCAAGCUCGCUCACUCCUCAGUCCCUAGCUAGGCUGCCAAAUGAGAAGAGGGAAGAAGUCUACCAUGGCUCGGCGCUACCACCUGACCCUCCUCUCCGUCUUCUCCUUCCUGCUCCUCACCUGCUUUGUCGCUCCUCAUCUGUCCCGAGGGAAGAAAGUCGGGAAGAUAGUGACCCUGACCGUCCAGUACCCGGCCGUGGACUCACCGCCGGGCGAGAAGAUCAAGAUCUCAGCGCACUACGUUGACGAGCACGGGGGCCGCGAGCGCCACUUCAACCUCGACUGCGACGACGACGAGCCCCUCGGUUUCGGCAUGAAGUACCUUCUCUCGACCCUGGAGGGGAUACGAGAUGCGCGGGAGUCUCGAUCCCAGCUCUAGUAGCAGGUACCCACUGGAGAUUAUUGGAGAAGGAGCUGCUCUUUUCGUUCCAAGGGAAAAUAUUUUAGGCGCCUUUUAUUUUGUGUCGUAGUAUCUGCAGCGAUCCGUACUAGUAUGGUAGUACUGUGCAGGGUGCUGGAGUACACCGAUCUUCAUGUAUCUCUAUGCGAAUAUAUCGUGGAUUGUGUGUGUCACUCAACAUAAUUAAGAGGCAAUUGUGUGAGUCUCUUCCGGGUUCGAGAAACAAAAUAUAUUCGUGUGUCUUCUA